UGAGACCUCACCACCAAGGAAACCCUGUAAUCAGUACUGUGAUAGGAAAAGAAAUCUGUGUCCUAAUUCUUAUUUGUCAGAAAAUCAUGAAAAUCCUGCUGCAAAAUUAAAUUACAUAUAAAAAAGCUGUGAUUACGCCACAUAAAUCGUUGUAAAACCAAUUGAAUCAUUCCCCUCUCCCUGCCCAAAUCCGGAAACCCUAAAUCCCUCUUUUUUUUUUUAAUUAAUGAUUGGGGGAAAAUUGCCAAAUUGUAAAUGCAUGUCGCGGCGGAUCUUAACUGGUUCCUGCAAUUGGCGGCGUUGGCACUCGCAGGGGUUUUUGGAUUGCUGUACCUGGUUCGAAGCACUGCGUCUAGUUAUUUCUUGGAGGAGUCCAGCUUUGGUUCGUCGGCGGCCGAUUAUUCUUCACUGGACAGCGAGAAAAGAGAGGACAUGGCGGUGGCCGGAGGAGGUGCCGCCGAGAGGUUUAACGCCUGCGCCGUUUGUGGACUUCCCAGCACAAAAGUUUGUUCCCGUUGCAAGAUGAUUAGAUACUGCUCUGAAGCUUGUCAAAAAUCCCACUGGAAUUCUGGGCAUAGGGAAAAUUGUGUGCAACAGAAAUCCUCUUUCAAAGAUAAGCGUAAAAGGCCAACACUAGCGUUAAGAGGUUGGAGAGCUUUGGCAAUUGCUGGUGGAAGCUCAAAUAAAAUACUUUUUCCUUAUGAGGAAUUUGUAAAAUUUUUCAAUUCGGACAAGCCAGGUUUUCCUCCUUGUGGACUUUUAAACUGUGGAAACAGCUGCUUUGCCAAUGUGGUUCUUCAAUGUCUUACAUACACUCGGCCACUUUUUGCCUACUUGUUGGAGAAAGGGCAUCGAGUAGAAUGUCAAAGAGACGAUUGGUGCUUUCUGUGUGAGCUUCAAUUACAUGUAGAAAGAGCUAGCCAAAGUUGUAACCCAUUUUCUCCUAUGAACAUUCUCUCAAGAUUGCCUAAUAUUGGUGGGAAUCUUGGCUAUGGGAAACAGGAGGAUGCCCACGAAUUUAUGAGGUUUGCUAUUGACACAAUGCAGUCUGUGUGCCUUGAUGAAUUUGGUGGAGAAAAAAUUGUUCAUCCGAGAUAUCAGGAGACGACACUCAUUCAACAUAUAUUUGGAGGUCGCCUUCAAUCCCAGGUUAUAUGUGCAGAAUGCAAUAAUGUCUCAAACCAAUUUGAGAAUAUGAUGGAUUUAACUGUUGAAAUUCAUGGAGAUGCUGAAUCUUUGGAGGAGUGUUUGGACCAGUUUACAACCAGAGAGAAGCUUCAUGGGGAUAAUAUGUAUAAAUGUGAUGGUUGCAAUGCUUAUGUCAUGGCAUGGAAGCGCCUUACAAUCCAGAGAGCCCCAAACAUUCUAACAAUUGCCUUGAAAAGAUUUCAGAGUGGAAGAUUUGGGAAGCUUAAUAAGAGAGUGACUUUUCCCGAAACACUGGACCUCAAGUUGUACCUGAGUGAGUCAGAAGAUGGAAAUGACAUUUACAAGCUAUAUGCAGUUAUCGUUCACAUUGACAUGCUGAAUGCGUCAUUUUUUGGCCACUAUAUCUGCUAUAUUAAGGACUUAAGUGGAGACUGGUAUAGGAUUGAUGACUGUAAGGUUGAACGUGUUGAUUUAGAUGAGGUGCUUUCACAGGGAGCUUACAUGCUUUUGUACAGCAGGAUUCGUGCCCGCCCCUCAUGCCUACUUCCAGCUGAGCUGUUGCCAAAAGAAGUAAGCUCAAAUGUGAAAAUAAACGAACCUUCUGAGCCUUUGGCUGACCCUGUAUGCAUAGAUAGUUCCAUUGACUCUGACCAAGCUUUAUCGGUCAAGUCUGAGAAUGUGUUGCCAUCCACUAUAAUAGGCACAGAAGACCAUGCAAGUGUUGAUAUGGAAAUCGAGACUUCUCAACCAAGGUCCCUCACGGUCAAGGCGAUUGAAAUGAAUGGUGCAGAGGAAUUGCCCAUUUUGCCCAAAGAAGUUGCUUGUCAGUCAAAUCCCACAAAUAUUACCUCGGUCAAUGAAAGUUCUACUCAAGUGGGCCCCACCAAUUGUGAGUCGUUGUCUGCUGUUUCUGAUUUAGAGAAGGUGUGUUGUGGGAGUGAAAAUGGGGGCAGAUCCCAUAAUUCUACAUCUGUGCUCAAAGAAAAUGCUGUUUUCGUUAAGAAAUCGGGAGAGGAGCCCACACCGAAGCUUAAGCCGCUUUUUGCUCCAGGUUUUCUUGAAAAGGGCCGCCAAAGGAGAAUUGUCGAGCCGCUUUUUGCUCCAGGUUUUCUUGAGAAGGGCCGGCAAAGGAGAAUUGUCAAGCCGGAGAAUAGAGUGUCCAGAGAAUGCUUUAAGUUGAAUUCUGAAAGAGCAUUAGGAGUUGCAGAAUGGAGGUUAACGCCUGAAAAUGGCACCUUAUCGAACGGGCAUAAGCCUUGAGUUACAAGGGAGAAUCGGAAAGCGUAUAAUGGGUCUUUCAGUUUUAAGGACAUGGAAAAUGGAGAAUCCACUGUAAUGAGAGGCUCUAGUUAGAAGGGUAAAAGGCAGACGCGAAUUAUAAAAUCUUCGGAAGUCUUGAAAAGGUAUAUAUAUGAUGGUCCAAAGUGCAUAAACACCUGAUUUUCAUGUGACACGAGCCAUUGAUUGGAAACUUCUUUUUAGAUCUGAAAAAAUACGCUGGAGAUUAGUAAUUAGCUGAGAAGAUGGCAUGAUGAAGAUUCAUUCGUUACUUUGGAAGCUGGGAAAUAAUGAGGGUU